AUGGGCUCGAUUACAGAGGCAAUAGGAAAGCGCACAGCAGAGCUGUCUCAUGAUGGAAGGGAUGUGGCCAUCACCUUGGCCGUGUGCGUUUUCCUGGCAACGCUCAUCACGGGUCUCCGCUUCUGGUUGUCCAGAAGACGAAGGCCAUUAUUUUCCAUGCCAGAAUCCAUGACGCUCGUGUCUCUGCUCUUAUUCUACUCCUACGCCGUGGCGACCUACCUGAUUCUGACAAUCGGGCACGGUGGCUACCCAACGUCUCAGACACAGAGUUGGCGGCUUACGUUCACACUCAAGUGUGUCUACUAUCUUCGGUUGGCUUACGCCACAGGACUGGGCUUGGUGAAAUGCAGUAUUUUGAUGGCCCUGUUCAGAUCCCUCGCUGCUUCAUCCAAGGCCGCUCGACAUGCGAUCUUGGUCAUCAUGGCGGUCUGCAUUUCCUGGAGCCUUGGGGCUACCCUCAUAAGCCUCUUGAACUGUCGCCCAUUGAGCUACAACUGGAACCUGCAACAGUCGGAAGGCCACUGCAUCAAUCGAAAUGCUGCCUUUAUGGCAGUGAGCAUCAUUGACGUUGUGACAAAUGCCGCAAUUCUAGUUUUACCGCUGCCUAGAAUAAUAAGAACAAAGAUUACCCUACCGGAGAAACUAGUGAUGAUCAGUCUUCUGAUCUUGGGGUUAUUUGUUGUUGCCAUUACUGCGGUCCGCACAGUAACCAUCGCCAGAAUGGACUUUUCUGCCAUUAACGACCAUGGCAAGAUGAUCAGCAUUUGGACAACGGUGGAGUGGACGGUGGCACUUAUGAUAGCCAAUUCUCCUGUGCUGUGGCCUUUGCUCGACUGGCUCGCUCCUUUCCAUUCUAUGGAGAACGGUCCAUAUGAACGAUCGGCAUACAACCCUUCAUGUCACUUGCUAAAGCGUCUGCGACCAACGACUUUGCAUGAAUGCACUCAAACAUUAACAUCGAAGACGGCGGUCACGGAGACAGGCUCAGUCCACUCAUCUCGAUCUAUCAUUCGAGGGUUCGGGGCCAAUUGGACAGAGGCAAUCGGGCAAGCACAACAGCCAGAUCCUUUUCUAUCGCUAGAGCCGGGCGCAGUGCGAGUGCAGACUGAAUGGUCAGUUGAACGGUCAUCAGUGGGCAGACUGGAUCGAUUAAGGCCGGGCAGAAAAUGA